AUGUACAUAUAAUGUAAGUGUGAAAACGGGAACAAUAAACCGGAAAUCGGUGGACUCUCUAUCACAUAAAUUGAAAAGCCGUACAUCGCGAUAAAGACGCUAUCUUCCAACACGUAUCUAUUCUUUGGUGUUUGUCAUAUCGUAUGAUUUAUCGAUAAAAAUAAGAACCUGAAGUGAUCUUAAGAAAACGGACGUGACGCUUCGUAGACAACAAUGUGGGUAUGGGCUGUCCUCCUCUCAUUUAUUUACUGCUACCAAGUUUGUGCAGACUACAGAGAUCCCCAUUGUGAUGGGAAACAGGUGAUUGUCCACUUGUUUGAAUGGAAAUGGACAGAUAUCGCUGAUGAAUGUGAGCGAUUCCUCAGCAAAAAGCAGUUCUGUGGAGUGCAGGUAUCGCCUCCAAAUGAGCAUGUCAUGGUCGGGGAUCGCCCGUGGUGGGAAAGAUAUCAACCGGUCAGCUACAAGCUUCACAGCCGGGGAGGGACAGAGGCCGAAUUCAGGGACAUGGUCACCAGGUGUAAAAAUGUAGGAGUCAGGGUGUAUGUCGACGCUGUUGUUAAUCAUAUGGCUGGACUUGGACGAAUUGGAACUGGAACAGCCGGAAGUCGAUUUAAUUCCAGUAACUUUGAUUUUCCUGGUGUACCGUACAGUCGUCAACACUUCAACUCCCGUGAUAAGUGCCCGUCCGGAAGCGGUGGGGUCGAUGACUAUAGUAACCCAAAUAAUGUCCGAAAUUGCUUCCUUGUAGGGCUGACCGAUUUAGACCAGACACAAGAGUAUGUCAGAAAUAAAAUAGCAGAAUACUUCAAUCACUGUAUAGACAUGGGGGUGGCGGGUUUUAGAGUCGACGCCUCAAAGCACAUGUGGCCUGGUGACCUCAAAGCCAUUGAAGACAGAGUCAAGGAUGUUCCAGAAGGAGGCAGACCUUUUUUCUACCACGAGGUCAUAGAUCAAAAUGAUGGAGCCGUGAGAGUUAAUGAAUAUUAUGAGUUGGGCUAUGUCACUGAAUUCCGUUAUUGUCAAAAGAUAGCAUACGGAAUUCAUAAUUUUGGGGAAUUGAACAACAUGUAUGUUCCAUCCUGGGGAAUGUCAGACCCUAGUCAUGCUUUUGUAUUUGUUGAUAACCAUGACAACCAACGAGGACAUGGUGGCGGCGGGAAUUUAAUCACACACAAAACACCGCGUGAUUACAAAAUGGCGGUGGCAUUUACACUGGCAUAUAACUAUGGAUUCACACGCGUUAUGAGUAGUUAUUAUUUCCACAGCUCUGACGAAGGACCACCACAUAACUCCGACUAUUCAGCGAAAGACGUCACCAUUAAUGCUGAUGGGACCUGUGGCAAUGGAUGGGUGUGUGAACACCGAUGGAACCCAAUAGCAAACAUGGUAGCCUUCAGAAAUGCCGUGGCAGGAACAGGAAUCAAUCAUUGGAUAAAUCAGAAUGAUGAAAUAUCAUUCGCUCGAGGACAUAAAGGAUUUUUUGCUAUGGCCAAACAAGGCCACAUGGAUGCAACACUUCAAACAGGUUUACCUCCAGGAGAAUAUUGUGACCUAGUUUCAGAUUGCAAUAAAAAGAUCACGGUGAAUUCUGGUGGCAAUGCCCGCAUUGUAAUUGACAAUAGCGCUGAGCCUAUCCUAGCUUUCAUUGUUGGUGGACCAACUGGGCCUGGCGAUCGUUUCUUUUUUCAUCCUACUGCAACAACACCUGAACCAGAAUCAACAACAAGCCAGGGACUGGGGAAUUUAUCUACUAUAUCCACCCCGACAUCCUCCAUUGCAGCGGGAAAUGGCGAGGGGGAAAGAACAGUAAUUUUGAUUGAGAGAGUCACGAAAAACGGGGAAAAUCUGUUCAUUGAUGGCGGGAUUGACCAUGAUCAUAGACAGGGAUGUUCCAGAGACGUCGGUACCAGUCCAUGCGCAAUCCCAAUCAAACAUAAGACUGAGCCCUCUUUCUACGCAGCCUAUGACGCCUGGAAGAAGGGAGAUAAUUAUCUAGACUGGUACGGAGCGGAAGCGGGACAGGGAAGCUACCUGGGUACUCCUGCCUCGGGGUCGCCUGCAGUUUGGACAACGAAUGACCAAAACAGAAGAGAAUACAAUCCCUUAAACACGUAUGGACCCCAUUACUGGUUGUUGGACGUCAUGAUGGACUGUUCUAAGACGGAGAGUGGGUGGUUUGAGUUUAAGUAUAAAAUUAACAACCAAUGGGAGGGCCAGGUUCACGGUCCAAAGUGCGGGAAUCCGCCCUACUCAUCUAAGAACCACAUGGCUAAAUGCGGCGCCAAAAAUGUCUUCCAUCAGUCUGGCCAGUGUGAAAUCCUGGACAUUUGAAAUUACUAUCACUGGUAGACUGUACGAAAAUUGUAAAACGUAUAAAUGUAUUGCAAAAUUAAAAUACAAUUGUAUCAUA